CGAUGAUAUUAGAUUAUGUAUUAGGUUAGGUUUUUCAAUACCUUGAUCUGUUAUCUUUGAGGAUUAUGAUCUUGUAACUGUAGCCUCAUUUUUUUUUUAUUUGGUCUCGCGUUAAGGGUUUUUUAUUACGGAAAUCAUUAUUUGGUUAGUUUAUCUUUUAGACUCAGAGUGUCGCUGUUCACCAGGCCAGGAGCUGGGACAGAUCAGCUGUAUUCAUCCACCCUCCCAUUCUAUUCAGAGUCUAUCAUAUCGUCGCAGUUAACCAUAGGAACCGUAUACGCUUUUCUUUGUCACGUUGUGAGUAUUGUCAGAAUACUCUUCUGACAAGAAACAUUUUAUUGCACGCAUACUAGCCUCACGAUUUAUUUAGGCGAAUAGCACAUAAUGGAACACAAAGGAUUUUCGAAUUAUCCAUGGAUCUUUGUCUCUCUUGUAACGUUCGUGGCGCACAGCACAUGUGGAGAUGUGAGCUACUCUAUUCCGGAAGAAAUGAAGCACGGGUCUGUACUUGGAAAUAUAGCCAAAGAUCUCGGACUUGAUGUGAAUACGCUCUCUGCUCGUAAGGCACGGAUUGAUGCUGCAGGUAACAACAGACGUUAUUGCGACGUAAACCUGAGAACUGGAGAGUUGACUGUGAACGAACGAAUUGACCGAGAGGAGCUGUGUUCAGAGAAGCCAUCAUGCUUUCUUAAAUUUGAGUUGGUUUUAGAACGUCCUUUGGAGCUGCACCGUUUCACACUUCAGAUUGAAGAUAUUAAUGAUAAUGCUCCGUUUUUCCCGAAGAAUUUGAUACGAUUAGAAUUACGUGAGUCUGCAGACAAAGGAGCUCGCUUUCGUGUCAAUGAAGCGCGCGAUGCUGACAUAGGGCAGAAUUCAGUUAAAAGCUAUGCACUGCAGAGAAAUGAGUAUUUCACUCUGUCUGUAAAUUCAAAUGCAAACGGGAGGAAAAAUGUUGAAUUAAUAUUAGAUAAGGAACUAGAUCGUGAACAGCAGGAGGAAGUAACAAUAAUUCUUACUGCCUCGGAUGGUGGGAUUCCGCCGAGAUCGGGUACCGUAGCCAUACACGUCACAGUGCUGGAUGCCAAUGACAAUGCUCCAGUGUUUAGUCAGGACAUAUAUGAAGCCAGUCUCCCCGAAAAUGCUCCUUUAGACACACUAGUACUUACUGUAACAGCUACCGAUGUAGACGAGGGGCCUAAUGGUGAGGUCACAUACGAAUUUAGUCAUUUGUCUAAUAAUGCCAGAAGCGCAUUUUCUUUGGACAAAGUAUCUGGUGAGAUGAGGGUUAUUGGGCCUAUUGACUUUGAGGAAGACUCAAAAUAUGAAAUACUUGUGGAAGGCAAAGAUUCAUUUGGUCUGUCAUCAGACACCAAAGUUAUCAUAGAUAUAGUAGACGUUAACGACAACGCUCCUGUUAUAUUCAUAAAGUCAUUGAAUAACCCAAUUCCCGAAAAUGUGCCCCCAGGUACUGAGGUUGGUAUUAUAAACGUGCAGGACGUAGACUCUGAGAAGAACGGGCAGGUACGCUGUCUCAUUCGGCAUGAUGUCCCUUUCCAGCUCUUGUCAUCGAUCACUAAUUACUAUUCACUGGUGACCACAGCAGAACUUGAUAGGGAAGUGUUAUCGGAUUACAACAUUACUAUAACUGCUACUGACCAAGGUUCACCUGCACUGUCUUCCUCUAAAGUUCUGCAGUUUUCUGUUGCUGAUGUUAACGACAACCCUCCAGUGUUUGAGCAGCAGACAUAUAGCUCAUAUGUAAAUGAAAACAACAAACCAGGUUCCUCCCUUUGCUCAGUGACUGCCAGAGAUCCCGACUGGAGGCAAAAUGGCACUGUGAUAUACUCUCUGUUACCCGGCGAAAUGAAUGGCAUUCCCAUGUCCAAUUUUGUGUCUAUAAAUGGAGAUACAGGAGUAAUUCAUGCCGUCAGGCCAUUUGAUUACGAGCAAUUCAAAAGUUUUAAAGUGCAAGUGAUGGCAAGAGACAACGGCUCUCCUCCGCUCAGCAGUAACGUGACCGUACGUGUUCUGUUGUCAGAUGUGAACGACAACCUUCCGCAGAUAUUAUACCCUACACCUGACGGAAAUACGUUUAUGACUGAGAUGGUGCCCAAAGCUGUACAGGCCAACUCUUUAGUCUCUAAGGUGAUAGCUGUGGACGCGGAUUCAGGCCAAAACGCAUGGCUGUCAUACCACAUUGUGAAGUCGACUGAUCCGGGACUUUUUACUAUCGGUGUCUACAGCGGAGAGAUCAGGGCUCAGAGAGACAUUUCUGAAUCUGAUGUCAUGAAACAGACUCUUGUUGUGUCUGUGAGAGACAAUGGACAACCACCUCUGUCUGCCACGUGUACGGUAAAUCUACUUAUUUCUGAUAAUUUGGCGGAAGUUCCUGAACUGAAAGAUAUGGCCUCUGGCGAAGGCAACUCCAAACUCACCACUUAUUUGAUCAUUGCGCUCGUGUCGGUAUCCACUUUCUUCCUCACCUUCAUUAUCAUUAUCUUAUCGGUGAGAUUUUGUUACAGAAGAAAGCCCAGAAUGUUGUUUGAUGGCGCCCUGGCUAUCCCCAGUGCGUAUCUGCCCCCAAAUUACGCAGACGUGGACGGCACAGGAACUCUGCGUAGUGUUUACAAUUAUGACGCUUACCUCACCACGGGAUCGCGCACCAGUGACUUCAAAUUUGCCAGAUCUUACAAUGAUGGGACGCUGCCGGCUGACCUCACAUUGAAAAAAUCUACAUUAGACAGACGUGAUGACUUACUUGACAUCCCCGAUUCCUUACAGGUAAUUUUUACAAAUUUCUGCUGGUAGUGUUGAUCAGUCAAAUAAGUACCCCAUAUUUUUUCAG